AUGGCUGUCACGAAUAAGAAGCUUUUCGUUGUCACAUACCAGCAGAGUAAACGGAAGUUUAAAUCUACUUUCAGACAAAAUAUAAGUGAAUUCUUACAAAAUUCAACAAUCCAUGGCUUACGCUACACUAAUCAACAAGAUUUAAGUAUCUUUGAGAGAUUUUCUAAGGAAUAUUCAUUCGUAAAACUCCUGUGUAAAAUGGAACCAAAUAUAACCGUAUUGGAUGGCGUUAAGGAUUGGAGUUCAAUUAAUGAUUUUAUUUUAAAUACAUCACAAUCUUGUGAACGUAUGUUACUGAAAUGUACUUUUGGAGGCGUGGAAUACAAUUGCACAGAACUCUUCCAUCCCGUUAUAAUGGACGAAGGAUUUUGUUGUACAUUCAAUACAUUGAAUCCAGUCUACAAAUAUUCAAAUAUAUCAACAUCUAUCAAUUAUAACAAAACAUAUCCACCAAACGUCAAGCCCGUGGAUUGGUCUUUGGAAAAAGGAUAUCAGGAACCCUUACCCAAAUAUUACUCACCGAUGAGGUCCAUCGGUUUUGGACAAACACUUGGCUUAAAUAUUAUUUUAAAUGUGGAAAGAGAUGAGUAUUAUUGCGCAUCGGGGAAAAGUGCCGGUUUCAAAGUCACAAUUCACAAUCCCGGAGAUGAACCAAACAUACACGAAACUGGUUUACUGCUUGCACCUGGUCUUGAGUCAUUCAUUCGUAUUAUCCCUACCCAUCUGGAGGCUGAUAGAAAGUUGCGUGGUUUAAGUCGCCAAUUAAGAAAUUGUGUUUUCGAAAGCGAAUUGAAGUUAUCAGUAUUUUCCCACUACUCGUACGUGAAUUGUAUGUACGAGUGCAGAACGAAAACAACACUUUCGGUUUGCGGUUGCGUCGCAUCUCAUAUGGUAACGGAAAAUUCGAGUUUGAGAAUAUGUGGUUACAAAGAUUUCCUUUGUGUACAAGAGAUUAAGUACUUAUUGAAAAAUAAGAGGUUUGACAAUCCAUGUAGUCAACGGUGUUGGAGCAGCUGUUUUUCAAAAAAGUUCAAAAUUGAUAUAUUUUCAGCCAACUUGAAGAAGUCAUUAAUGGAGCAAACACACACUGUCGUUGCGAAUAUGACUGAUACUUAUGUGGAGAAAAAUAUUGCGAUUGCUAACUUUUAUCACAAGCGAUAUGCUUAUGAAAGUACGAAACAGUCGCCGUUCAUUGACUCGAUUGAUGUGUUAUGUAAGUUAGGUUUAGGAAUUUAAAUUUGAUUUAAAUUGAUUUGAAUAGUAUCGGAGCAAAAUUUGGGUUAUAAGCGAAAAAUGGUAUAAGUCGAUAGAGUAGUUUGAGUCCAUUACAAAAUUCAACUAACUAUUUCAGAGUUAUACGGAUGGUGAGGGUUGAUUUCAAAUGUAUUAGAGGUCAUGGUGGCGUCCUAGUUCAAAAUUUUUUAAAACGUCAAAUACUCUUUUCCCUG